AUGCCGCGGCCGCGGGCGGGGCAAACUGGUCUCCCUCCUCCCUCGGGAGCUGUUGGACCUGUUGUCCCCCGCUCCACUUCCGGGCUGCUGGGGAGGGGGACAGAGCAGCUUUUCUCUCCUCCCUCUUCCCCAGCCACCUGUCCCGCAGACAGAAAAGGCAGCGCCCAGAGCGCAGAGGGAAGCGCGCGGAAGCCUGAGCGGGCCCCGCCUCCUGGAGCUCUUUCCCAGCACCCGAGCGCUCGGGAGCCUCCUGGCCGCGCUGUCAGGCCACGCCCCCGGAACUCGGGCCCGCCCACUCCACUGGAGCACCAGGCGGCCAUGGGGACGCCGAGCGGCCCGGACAGGGGGUGCCGGCCGCCUCCGGCCCCAGAGGGCGACGCGGAGGUCCCGCCCCAAGGGGCUGCGCAGUCCCAGAUGCACCCCGAGGACCCACACGAGCCGGAGGCGCCUGAGGCCCCGGAGGAGCCCCAGGGAGUGAAGGAGCUUCCGAGCGGCCGAGGAGCUGAGCAGCAGGCUGAGGAAGAGGAAGAAGUGGAAGAAGGCAGCAGCACGGAGAGCAGCCGCGACGCGGGGGAGGCUCCGCCUCCGGCACCGACCCCAGUCACGCCCCCCGCAUCCCCCCAGCCUGGGGAGAGAGUGCGAGCGGCUGCACGGCGGCUUCGAGAGCAGCAGCUGGAGGCACUGACCCGCGUGGCCCUGAUGGAGCAGCGCGUGAAGGAGCUACAGCGCCAGAGGAAGGAGCUGAGGAUCGAGAUGGAGGUGGAAGUAGCCCUUCUGAGGGGCGAGCUGGCUGGGGAGCGGGUGGCUGCCCGGCGCGAGGAGGAGCAGCUCCGAGAGCUGCUUGGACAGCAGGGGGACACGGAGCAGGGUAGCCGGGAGCAGCGGGAACAGGAGCAGAGGCGGCUGAACCAGGAGCGGGAUCGAGUAGAGUGUCUUCGCCAGAGACUCCAGGAGGCCCAGGGACAGCUGGACUCCCAGCCAGAGGAGCAGCGUGAGCGGCUCUUGCAAGGAGUACAGGAGAUGAGGGAACAGCUGGAUGUGGCCCAGCGUGCCUACGAGGACCUAGAGUUCCAGCAGCUGGAGCAGGAGAGCCGGAGGGAGGAGGAGGACCGGGACAGCCCUGGGGCCCGGGCACUGGACCCCAAGGUCCGGGAACUCCAGGCCAGUGUGGCGCAGCACAGACGCCGGAUCCAGGUCUUAGAGGAGCAGCUCAAGUCGCUGGGGGAACAGAUGGCAGCUGAGAGCCGGGGGCUGAGCCGGAAGAAGGAGGAGGCCCUUCAGGCCCUGACGCAGGAACGGAGCCGAUUGCUUGAGCUUAACUGCCUCCAGGGAACGCCGGGUGGGGACUUUGCUGAGUCCAACCAGGCCCUCACUAAGCUCCUGUUCACCCAGAAGACAGACCGCCAGCUGCUGGUGCUUCAGGACCCCACCGCCCACACAACCUCCGCCACUUCCUCCUGCCUCUUCUCCGUUCGCAGCUCCCUGCAGGGCUCCAUAGGCCUCCAGAGGACUGGAAGCCUGCCCCGGAAGAGGGGAGAGCGAGCGAGCCAGAGGGGAUCCCCCCGACCUCUGUCCCUUCAUUAUACAGGACCCCUGGAGGCUUCAGCCCUCCCAGCAGCAUCAGGAGACUCUGGAAGACAUCCGCUCUAUCAGCUGCUGAACUGUGGCCCUGGGAACAGCUGUCGGGCCCUCCACCCAGACAUCGCCCGCAUGGAGCGGCUCCUGCAGCAGGCUGUGGCAGAGAGAGAGCGACUGCUCAAGGCCAGGGAAGGGAUGAGAAGAAACAAGGAAGUUUCCUCAGGCCCUGAUGUACCUGCCAUCAUGGCCCCGCCCACGCCCCCACCCCGCCCCCCGGGCCCUCGAGUCUUGGAUCUUCGGCAGCACCUGGAACGCUGGGGCCACAAUCCUGAAAGCUGCCCGCACCUAAGGGUGUCAGGAGGCUGCUGCCGCGGAUCCCUGGUGAAGAUGGGCGGCCGCAUAAAGACCUGGAAGAAGCGGUGGUUCUGCUUCGACCGCCAGGCCCGCCGUCUGGCCUACUACGCCGACAAGGAAGAGACCAAGCUCAAAGGCGUCAUCUACUUCCAGGCCAUCGAGGAAGUCUAUUAUGACCACUUACGCUGUGCCUUCAAGAGCCCCAACCCUCGCCUCACGUUCUGCGUGAAAACCUACGAACGUCUGUUCUACAUGGUGGCGCCCAGCCCGGAGGCCAUGCGCAUUUGGAUGGACGUCAUUGUGACCGCUGCUGAUGAGAAUCACGCCCCUUGAGGAGGGGCCCCGCCCUCUUGGGGGAAGUCCCGGUGAGGCUCCGCCUCUACUGCCCCGCCCU